AUUGCAGCUGAAGUUCGUGCUGAACUCAUGAUUGGACACCGCUGACAGUUGAAGCAAGUUCCAACGUGUAGCCAGGAGUACUAGCAGUAAGACGGUCUUCCUGAAAACUCAACAGACUUUGAAAAUGACAACUUCCAUUAGGAUAGAGGAUAGCUACCAAGGUUAUUCGUUGGAUUCAUUUUGCAUUCCAAAGCACUACGAGGAUGAUCUAGAAUCUGUUUUGAUACCGUAUGGUGUCAUCCAUGACAGAAUUGAAAGGAUUGCCAAAGACAUUUUCACUGAUUUUGGAAAAGAACCACUAGUUGCAAUAUGUGUUCUAAAAGGGGGCUACAAGUUUUAUACAGAUUUGAUAGAUAAAAUCAAUAGCUUAAAUCGAAACCAAGGUGAGAGAUCGGUGCCACUGUCUGUGGAUUUUAUAAGACUAAGGAGCUACCAGAAUGACAAAUCUGUUGGCACCAUUGAAGUUAUUGGAGGUGAUAAUAUGGAAAGUGUGAAAGGGAAAAAUGUUUUGGUUGUUGAGGAUAUUAUUGACACUGGAAGAACAAUGCAGAAGCUGUUGGGAUUAUUGGAGGAAUAUCAGCCAAAGUGUGUCAAAGUUGCAAGCCUAUUGCUUAAGCGCCAGCCAGCGUCUAAUGGUUACAUUCCUGAAUACUGUGGAUUUGAGAUUCCAGACAAGUUCGUUGUUGGUUAUGCCCUUGACUUCAAUGAAAGAUUUAGAGAUCUGCAUCACAUAUGUGUUGUCAAUGACAAUGGAAUCAACAAGUAUAAAGUGUGAUGAAAUAUUUUCACUCUAUGCAUGGAUUUCCAUCUACAGCACCAAUGAUGACCAAGCUUGGAAUGAAAUUAAGAUGAAAAUUUAAAUAAAAUUAAUGAAAAUUAACUCAAAACAUUAUUAUAUGUGGUGUUUGUAUGUUGUCACAAUUACCACUGUAGAGAAAAAGGUGUUAUUUCGUUCAUUGGUUACAAAAAAUACUCAGCUGAGAAUUGUUUUCAAACUUAUGAAAUAAAAGAAUGAUAGCUAAA